CCAUUGCGCACGCGCAUAGGUCGGAAGAGAGGCGGGACGUAGCCCUAGUGUAUUAAGGGAAACGCCGUCCGCUUCUCGUUGCAGCCUUUCUGCCCUGGGCUCCGGCCUGGGCUCGGGUUCCAGCACCAAGUCUUCCGCUUCCUGCCUUUCCUACUCCACGGCCGCCAUGACCGCAGACACGAUUCAGGACUGGGCACAGCGUGGACACUCAGUACAUGUUUGCUUUUCCUAGUCCAGUGAAUCUGGUUGUUCAGUGCUUGGGUGUUCCUCUCUGCACAUUCGUCACACGCAUAACAAAAUGAAAAGCUCCUUACUGGGUCUAGAUUGAGAGGAAAGAGGUGGAUCCUUGUGGCAUGACAUGGCUUGCAGUGGGAAAGCCAUACUUCCCAUUGCCUCCAGCUGUUGCACUGAGGUUUCACAUCAUAUCUCGAGAAGGCUUCUAGAGAGAGUGAAUCUGUGUCGCAUCCAGAGAGCUGAUGGGGACUGUGACUUGGCCGCUGUCAUCCUUCAUGUCAGGCGCAGAAGAAUCUGUGUCAGCCCGCGCGGUCCUGUUAUUAAGCAGUGGAUAAAAGAACAAGCAGCCAAGAAAAACGCCAAAGGCAACAUCUGCCACAAGAAGAAACAUGCUGGCCAGAGGAAAAGUAAAGGAGCACAUCAGGGGAAACCAGAAGUCCACAGCCAUAAAACUCCUUAUUAAGGCAUUUGCAAAUGAACCUACACAGACAGUUCCUCAACUGGACUUGGCCAUGGUUGCUUGUAAAUUUCUCUCGUGGAAGUUCCUUAUUGGGAGUCAACAGGGCAAAACAUACUAUACAUUUUAAAGGAACAAUUAUGCAGGAUGCAAACGUAGCCAAUAAUAUGCUCAUCUGAAAAUGAAAUGAAAAGAUAGUACUUCUCUUUGUAUCCUAUUUUAAGAGCAGCAUACAGAUCUAAUUUCUCCAACUUUUUUAUAAUGAAGGUUUGCAAACCUACAGAGAAGUUUGAAAGAUUUUCACAAUGAACACUUAUGUACCUUUCACGUAGAUUAGUGAUUGUUAAUAUUUUGCCACAUUUAUUUUCUCUCUUUUCUCUCUUUGAGUGCAUGUGUGUAUAAAACAUUUUAUAUAUAAAUACAUUUUUUUGCUAAACCAUUUGACAAUAAGUUGCAGAUGUUGUGAUACUUUUUUUAUGUUAUAACUCGACAUUCCCCAAGAAUAAAGACCUUUUGUAUAUAA